AUGCGCGGUGUGUUUGUCCUGGUGCUGCUUCUGAUCGCAAUGGCCGCUCCCGGCCGGUCCUACGAUCCGACCGAUACGCAGAUUGCCAACAUCGUGCCCCAGAACGGGACGUUCGAGGCGUUCUACCCGCGCGAGAUGUACGGCGUGAAGAACGGCAACUCCCGGCCGGCCCAUGCGCACGGCAGCUUCUACGCCCAUCGCAAUCCGGCCCUGGUGGAGGUUCGCAAUGCGGCCGCCUACGGAUUUCGGUUCGACGGGAAGCGUCGCUUCAACUUUGACUGA